AUGGAUCUGGUCUCGAAGCACAAAUUGGCAGGAAAGAUGGGCGAGGAAGCUGCUUCUGGUAGUGAUCAGUCGAAUGUUAGUGACGAUAUGCAGAGAGCGAACGAGUUGCUGUCAUUACACCAGAAUGUCAAGAUGAAGCACGUUGAGCAAGGAUUUGAUCCGGAGCUUACGAAGGCGAGGCAGGAAAUUGCCCAUAUUCUCAGGAAACUUGAACAGGAUCGAUGA